AUGAGCAGCCCAAAGUUGAACAAGGCAGUCCAAGCGAGUCACUCUUGGUAUGCGGGGAGACGCCAGCCUCCGCUAGAAGCCCUGCUCGACUCGAUCGUCAACUUCUUCACCCACGAGUCGUCCGACAGCUGCAAGAAUUGGGGCACCAAGGCUGAGAAGGUCGUCACAUACCUCGAGUGGCUUGCGUUUGAUGACGACCAGAUCCAGUUGCAUAUUGCCCCUCCCGUGACGAGGGCCCUGUUCAACGAGGUGCUCAAGAAAGCUACUGUCCAGGUCUUGUCCGAAGAACUUGAACACAUCAAGCCUACAGUUGUUGCGGCCCCUUGGUCUCGGACGACGACGACGACGACGAUCCCGCUGAGAUCAACGCGCCUGGAUUGGAUGAUCACCGGGAAGGACCAGACCUACCGCCCGGCCCUUACUGGACAGCAACAGCAAACCCUCCUCCUCCCCAAGCCCGUCCAGCCACGCCCGCCAACCCAAGUCAACUCCAUGCUUAUCGACCAGCCCGAAAACGCGCGUUUCCACUACACGCUCCUAGAAGACGAGCAGUACUGGUGGCGCAGCCUCUUCACCUCCGACCCAGACAACGCUCCCCCGCCGCCAGGCAUCGAGGACCCCACGGAGGUGGGCAACCUAGCCAAGAUCGAAGACGAGACCUUCAACGCCUUCUUCAGCGUCCUCAGCGGGGCCUGGACCGCCACCAACCCCAAACUCGGCUGGGCUGCCUUUGUGCAGAGCGUCAAGCCCGCUGAGAAUAUUGCCCAGAAUUGGGCGCAGGAGCGGGGUAUUCGGCGGGCGGUGUUUCAGCUCGCGCUGAGGGCUGUUUCUGAUCGUCCGUCGAUGUUAACGGCACCGCCGUCAUCGUCAUCCUUCAAAUUGCCCACUCGCCACCGCAUCAUCUUCCCCGUCCCGGCUGCGACCCUCCGCAAAGCGCGCGAGGCUGCCGACGUGCCGGCGUGGAUCAUGCCCUGCGUUCCAGAGUGCCACGCUACUGCCCGAGCAAGAGCUCGAGCCCGAGCACUAGCAGGAGCAGAAGCAGGAUCAGGAUCAGAAGAAGAAGCAACAAAAGCAGGCCCCCGAGAAACCUUCGAAACCAUGCGCUCCGUAAUACUGCCGGUCAACCUGGUCCUCGGCGCGCCCAUCGUCUGGCGCGGCGUGACCCGGCAGAUGCAGGAGGCCGAGCGCUUGCGCACGCAGUGUCAGACGGUAGCCAAGCUGCUGCAGGCUGCGCAGGACCGGGCGCCGCGGCCGUUGUUGCGGGAUGUGUUGGGUUUGGUGAAGCGCGGGGUAGAGGGGGCGUUUGUGGAUGAGAGUCUGCCGUUUGGGGUGCAGUUGGCUAUGGAUGAGUGGGUUGGGGGGGAUGUGGGGGAUAGACGGCCGAAGAUGUUGGAUGGGGGGGAUUUGGAGUGGUUGAGGUUUUUGGCUGGGGAGGGUGCUAAUGAGAAGAAUCGGACGGGGAGGUUUGUUUUGGAUGAGCCGAGGGAGAGGUAUAGGUUGUUUCUGCUUUUUGCGAGUAAGGUGCAGAAGUUGCUUGACGACAAGAACCCGGAGGGGUUGUUUGCUCGGCAUGACGCACAGGUCAAGGUUGAGGAUUUGUUGGCGGCCAUCAACGCUGGGAAGGACAGCAACAAUACGGUCGACAAGUACCAGUUCAGCCCGGCUGAGGCCUGUGCCUGGCUGGAUAGGAUGAGGGUCACGGGGCAUGUGAAAUUCCGUCUUGACCUGCGUUGCUACGGUGUCGUCGAGCGGCCCCCCGUCCAGUACUUUCCCGAACACCGCGUAACCUGGAACCCCAAGGGAACCAAAUACACCCGGCCCAAGUUCUCUCCCAAGUUCAUCUCAGAAUGGACCAACCUCAAGGACCACGUUCCAGACGUUAGUAAGGGCAGCCCCAUCCACAACCUCUUCGUCGCCCUCGCCUACCGUCUAGGCUACACCAUCGCCAUCGCCGACAAAACCGCCCAGGGUCUCCCCACCUCUCGACGGUCUCGCUCGACCUCCUCCCACCCAAUCCCAACAACCCUCGAACCCUUCCUCUCCCAAAUCACCCGCCUCCGCGCCGACAUCAUCCGCGACCUGCACAACAACAAGACCAUGCUCGGCCCGGGUCGCAGGGUGACUUACAUAGAUCGCCAGGGCCAGUACCGCACUUUUUUCGCUCGGGAUCACAGCUGGGAUUGGGCGUCGCCUAAGAUUCUUGGUGGUACCGGAGCCGCAGCCGAAACGGUUGAGGGACCUUCGGCCGGACAUAGACGCAGACAAUUCUGGUCUCUUGACCGCUGGCCUGGGCCCGCAGUGGAAGGGAGCAGCAGUAGAGAAGGCAUGGGCGGACUACGGCGACUGACUGAGGAAGAGAUGAAGCAAGCCGAUCCGAUUGCGGCGCGGUAUCGUCAGCCGAAACUGCGGCCGUAUGUGGAGGAGAAAGUGGUGUUUAGGCCGGGGCCGGCGACGUAUUGGGGGGGCGAUACGAAGUUGCAGAGGGAGGUGCUGUUUGGGGAUACGAUGGCUAUUCUUGGUGGUGAAGAGGAAAACCAACCCAACUGGCUCAAGACCCUCACAGCGCUCAAUCCCUUCUCACAGAAACUAGAGGAAAACAAACUGCCCACUGUCGACCCGGACCUGGUUCCGCAAAGCUGGGACCCGGUGGCGGAGGCGGAGGAACAAAUGCGUGCUGAGGAACCAGAAUACUAUGAGGAGGAGGAUAGUGAUGUAGUAGAGGAGAGGGAGGAGGGGGAUAUUGAGUAUCCGGGUGAGGAUGUUCUCAUGACAGGGAUGGAACCGCUGUUGAUGGUGUAG